AUGCAGCGACAGGAUUGGCAUCAAUCUUUAAGUCUUUUAUGUCUGCGUCUCAUCUCAUUCAACAUGGAUUACUAUUGGAAGCUGAAGGAGCAAGGGAAAAAGCAAGAUUCACAGGCAGACGCUUCCAAAGCAAAGCUGUCCGCCUUUCACUACAAGAUGAGGGAGCAGCAGCCACGAGAAGUGGAAGAGUACGACAUUUGGACUUGUUUGGCCUAUUGCCUUUACUCGCCACUUUGGUUGGCUGGGCCGACAACUACUUUCAAUGCUUUCACCUCGCAUCUUCGUGACAGGUCUCAGGAAGCCAUCCGUGGCUGGCGCCUCGUGGCAUACGCUUUACGCUUUGUGUUCUGCCUUGGACUCUUGGAAAUCAUGCUUCAUUACUCCCCAGUUUGGGCAAUCGGACGAUCAUCUCUUUAUUUGAAAGUUCAGCGACCAGAUCUCCUAGCGUCAUAUGCCAUGAUGAUGCUAAUUGCGAUGUGGAUGAAGUUCCUGUGCAUUUGGCGAUUUGCACGCUUGUGGGCCCUUUGCGAUGGCAUCGAAGUUGUUGAAAACAUGCAGCGGUGUAUUUGCAAUAACUAUUGCAUCACCAGCUUCUGGCGCGGAUGGCAUGUGAGUUUCAACCGGUGGCUGAUUCGAUAUUUGUAUAUCCCCUUGGGUGGCCAGAAGUAUCGCAUGGUGAACGUGUGGCUCGUUUUUGGUUUCGUUGCUGUUUGGCACGAUGCUGAGCUGAAGCUCCUCGCUUGGGGCAUGCUCAAUGCUCUCUUCAUGGUGGGUGAGUCGUUGGCUGCGUGUCUUUGGCGAAGCAAGGCAUUGGCAUCCGUGAGAUCUUUGCCCGAAGCGGCGAGGUGGAUCAGAGCAGCUGCAGGAACGACCUACGUCUAUGUGUUGUUCUUUGUAAACCUCACGGGCUACGCAUUGGGAGUUGGAGGAACCUCCUCUUUGACUCAACAUACCUUUCUAGUGGACUGGGCUCCUGGCCUCGAGACGUUGCUCUGCAGUUUUCUCUUCCUCUUCUCGGGAGUUCAGGUCAUGCUUGAGCUUCGUGAAUGUGGGCUUUGCGUCGAUGGAGCGGGCUGA